GGGAAGAAGAUUCAUCCCACCCGUUGUAGAGUAAGUAGAGAUGAUGUUCUUCCCCUGUUACCCCGGAUUUUCCACACUGAAGCUAGUUAGUCUCCCUAUCUAAUCGCCCUCCCUCUUCCCCUUCUCCUCUGCUGUCAUCUUAAAUUCGGAAUCCCUCCCCGCUGAUAAGAACUCGGUAUCGGAUCCCGACCGGAUUCUUCUCUCUCCCCCGCCUUUACCAUCACUACUUAAAGGAAACAGCAGUACGGCAGUUCGGGCUAAGAUGACACUCAAUAAGAACCACAUCAUCCUCAUUGUUCAUUCACCGCACACCAUCGAACGAUCGACGUCAAAAUGGGCUCCACUUCCACCCCCAACGUGACCAGCCAGCCCCAUAUCCCUCCAGCCGGCGUCUGGUGUCCAGCCGUGACCUUUUUCGAUCACGCGACCGACACCAUUGACUUGGAUGCGCAAAAGAAAUACUACAAAUAUCUGUCGACGACUGGUCUAGCCGGUCUCGUCAUUCUUGGCACCAACUCCGAAGCUUUCCUCCUAACGCGCGAAGAACGCUACCAAUGUAUUGCCGCCGCCCGCGAGGCCGUGGGACCUGACUUCCCCUUGAUGGCCGGCGUUGGCGCUCACUCGACCAAGCAAGUCCUGGAGCUCGCCUCGGACGCAGCUGCUGCCGGUGCGAACUACCUCCUGGUCCUCCCUCCCGCCUACUUCGGGAAAGCUACCACGAUGGCCGUGGUGAAGCGCUUCUUCGCCGAUGUCGCCAAACAGUCUCCGCUCCCCGUCGUGGUGUACAACUUCCCCGGUGUCUGCAACGGGGUGGACCUGGACUCCGAAACCAUCACCGCGAUUGUCCGGGAGUCCGCGGCGCAGAGUGCCUCGGGAGUGUCCAACGUGGUCGGCGUGAAGUUGACGUGCGCAUCGGUGGGCAAGAUCACCCGGCUGGCGGCCACCUUUUCCAGGGACCAGUUUGCCGUGUUUGGCGGGCAGUCGGACUUUCUGCUCGCGGGCUUGGCCGUUGGCUCGGCGGGCUGCAUCGCCGCCUUUGCCAACGUCUUCCCGAAGACCGCCGCGACGGUGUACAAGCUCUAUGUGGAGGGUAAGGUCGACGAGGCGUUGGCCUUGCAGCAGAAGGCAGCGUUGGCGGAGUCGCCCUGCAAGAGUGGUAUCGCUUCCACCAAGUACGCUACGGCCGUCUUCUCGGCGGUGGCGGCCGGGAUCGAAGGCGCGGAGGAGAAGUUGAAGCCUCGCACCCCGUACGACGAGCCGGCCCCAGGAGCCAAGGCUACCGUCAAGGAGGUUAUGAGUAAGAUGGCCGAAGUGGAGAAGACGUUGUGAGUAGUACGGAGUAGACUGAGAAGGGGUGUACAUAGACUACAUGCUUGGCAAAAAUAUAUCAUGAUUUCACU